AUGCUUUCAUAAAGCUUCGUUUAAGAAGUCCUUCCUACUCUAUUUCGAGUAUAAUCAGAACGUCCGAAUCCUGAUUAAAAAUAAUAAGUCUAGAAGGAAAGAUAAGGAAAGGAUCUUUAUUCCUUAAUAGUGGAUCAGCAGAUGAUUAAAGCGAUAGAAAUAAUAGAGACAUUUAAGGAAGAAGAUCAUGGAUCGAUAUAUAAAAAACAUAUUGUAAACUAUGUUAUUUAAAUAAAAACUGAUUAUUUUGAUUACACCAUUCCUAAAAGAUAUUCAGAGUUUGAGAAAUUGCAUGAAUAAUUACAUUCUUAAUUAAAAACAAUGCCGAAGUUCCCAUAGAAAACAUUAAUUUAAACGAAUUCAAGGAAAAUCAUAGCUUAAAGAUAGGCUCUGCUUCAACAGUUUUUGCAACAUUUGCUAUAAAAUUUAGAUCAUACUAUGUAUAUCUUUUUGGAAUUCUUAAAUAUUAAAGAAUAAUUUUAAAAGGGUGGAUUUGAUUAAAAUGUUAAACUGUAUCAUUUCAGUAAGGAAGAAAACGCAUUAAGGGAUCUCGUCGAUACAAGUCCUAAGAAAAUAUAGCCAAAGAAUGAGCCAGAACAAAUGAUUAUCCAUUACCUGAUAAAGUUGAAUGAGAAAAUAGAUGAGAGAGGCAAAAUCUUUUAAAAAAUGGAAAAAUAUUGUUUUGGUAAAAUCUAAUAGGUAUCCUCAACAAUGCUGAAAGUGCUAUUUACAGGAGAUGAUGAAAGAGAAUUAAAGGGAAUAAUCCAAGCAUUGUCUAUCCAAAACAAUGAUAUCUAAAGUCAUAUUAGUUGUAUCAUGGGUUUUUAGUUCUUUCGCAAAGUUCUGGAAUAUGAUUAUAAUCCAAAUGCUGAAUAGGCUCUCAAGUAGUUUGGAGAAAUCAGUAUCAAACAAUUUAAAAAGAUCAUGAUUUAGUCACAUAUUUGUGGAUAAUAAAAGCUUUGUAAAUAGGAUGCAUUAAUUUUGUUACAUAAAUAUAUCAAUCAGAAUUAAUUAAAGGAUCAAAUGAUAAAGUACUUGAUUGAUGAUAAUGAAUGCUUACAAGAGUAUGAAUAAUUCCUGAAGACUCACGUUAACAAGAAUAUUGACGAAGUUAAAGUAACCAUAGAGAGCACCGAGAAUCUCUAAGAACCUUUGCAAACAAAAUCUAAUUCGUCGGAAAAUUCAAUAUUAGAAUAAGAAGCUACAAUUGAAUAACUAUAUGAAAUCAGUUAAAUGAAUUUAAAUUGGAAGUUAGUCUAAGAAUUUGAUAAUCACUUAAUGUAUCAUUUAUCCGGAUAAUAUGUAAAAACAGUCCAUCCUUUAAUAUGUUCAAUUGAAAGAGCUAUCACUAUAUUCACAGAUCUAAAAAUUUAAUGGUUUCAUGGAAUGAUACAAAAAGAUGUCCUCGAAGAAUAUGAUUAAUUUAGAAGUUUAAUUGUUGAAUAUUAUGUUUGGGAAGACAAAUCAACCUUUAAGAAAAUGGCUUUUGUUAGUGAAUAGGAAAUUUAAAAAAUAGACGACUUUCUUUAUUAAAUUACUAUUAUUCCUAGCACUAAACCUUUACCAGCCAACUAUAAAAUCAAAUGUGAUUAAAAAGGAUAGAAGAUGAGUUUGAUGUUUCUGAAAAAGAUAACAGAUAAUUCUGCUGAAGCUAUUGUCUAUUAAAAUAUAAUGGAUAAAACAUUUAGAACAGCUUUAACUCCUGUUAUUUUAAAAGAAAUUCCAUGGUUUAAUCACACAAUAACUAAAUUAAAAGCUCUUUUAUGA